AUAACGCAGGCUGCUGAUGGUUUCCUGUUUGUGGUCGGAUGUGACCGCGGAAAGAUCCUCUUUGUUUCCGAAUCAGUCUACAAGAUUCUCAACUACAGCCAGAACGACCUGAUAGGUCAGAGUCUGUUUGACUACCUUCACCCCAAGGACAUUGCCAAGGUCAAAGAGCAGCUGUCCUCUUCCGACACGGCCCCACGAGAGAGGCUCAUCGAUGCUAAAACUGGUCUUCCAGUGAAGACAGACAUCACCCCCGGUCCAUCUCGACUCUGUUCUGGAGCCAGACGGUCGUUUUUCUGCAGGAUGAAGUGCAACAGGCCCUCAGUCAAAGUCGAGGACAAAGACUUUCCCUCCACCUGCUCUAAGAAAAAAGCCGACCGUAAGAGCUUCUGCACCAUCCACAGCACGGGCUACCUGAAGAGCUGGCCACCCACCAAGAUGG